AUGUGGGAGGUUGGAUCUGUGAGGCUGGCGGAGAGAGCUGCCGCCGCUGUGAGCUGGAAACUACUGAAUGGGAAUCUAUCCGGCAACUUGGACACACCGCUGUCUCACGGCGACGCGGCGGCUCUGCGUAAAACCAAGCGGCGCGUCUCCAAGUCUGGCUCAGCCCAACUCGCAGGCGGAGAGGACGCUCAAGUUGGAUCGGCCGAGCAGCUUCUCACUUGUUCUCGGCGCGCCUCGGCUCCCACUAACAUGCCUGCCAUCAAGAAGGAGCGGCUGGAUGGAGACGACAUGGCACUGACCGCCUUUAACCAGUCCGAAUACCUGGCCCCUUUAAAUGCCACCGCCAUCCCCGUGGUGACCCCGCAUCCACCGCCCUACGACCAUAUUUUCGCCCAUCACCGCGCGUACUUGGGGCUCCACGACUCGGCGCUGCAUCACCAGCAUCUCCACCAUCACACGGACGACUUAAUGCUGGAGAGGUUCUCCUCCAUCCCCGACUUCCAGCCCUUCUUCGACAACGGGGAGCCGUGCAUCGAGGUGGAGUGCGGCGAAAACAAGGCUUUGCUUUAUAUCAAUAAGCUGUGCCAAGGCAGCAAAGGACCUUCAAUUAAAUACAGGGGCGAGUGGCUCACCCCUAAUGAGUUCCAGUUUGUCAGUGGACGAGAGACAGCCAAAGACUGGAAACGGAGUAUUAGACACAAAGGGAAAAGUCUUAAGACGCUCAUGUCAAAAGGAAUCUUACAGGUGCACCCUCCCAUAUGCGAUUGUCCUGGUUGUCGAAUUUCAUCUCCAGUGAACCGUGGGCGCUUGGCUGAGAAACGCACCAUCCCCCUUCCCCCCAACCGGGUGCCCAAGAAGGAGCUGGCCUCCAUCUUUAGCAGUGACGACAGUGAAGGCAGCGAGCGGGCCAGCGGGGAUCAUGCCCACAUCAAGCAAGAGGACGAGUUGCAUUACAGUAUUAUGAGAAAGAGGUGA